UUUUAGUAAAAUCUCGUUAAAUCACGUGCACUUUCACCAUCUACUGAUCUAGUGAUCAUUGAGAAACGUAAUCACGAAAACGUCAUUUAUUUUCUGUUUAGAGUUGUUUAUAAAUCUGUUGUGUGCAUGUCUACCUUGUAGUCAGUUUAUGGGCCAAACUUCUUCUCAAACGAUGUCACAGCCAAUAGUUGUUGCUGCUCGGGCACAGCAUACAGCAUCGUUGAUCUUCUUGCAUGGCUUGGGAGACACGGGACAUGGUUGGGCAGAAAUGUUCCGAGCUUUAAGACUGCCGGCUAUUAAAUGUGUCUGCCCAACAGCGCCACAUAAACCUGUUACUCUAAAUGGAGGGAUGCACAUGCCGUCUUGGUUUGACAUCAAAGGGUUGUCACCCGAUGCCCCUGAAGAUGAAAAUGGUGUAAAAGAGGCAUCCAAUAUUUUGAAGUUACUGAUAGAGGAAGAAGAACAUCUUGGUAUUCCCACAAACCGAGUGAUCAUUGGCGGAUUCUCCCAGGGUGGAGCAGUGGCCCUUCACACAGCCUUUACCUACCCAAAACCUCUCGGCGGAGUCGUGGCCCUUAGCUCAUGGAUGCCUCUACACAAGCAGCUGAUUUCAUCGAAUAAAUACAACACGAAUAUCCCUAUGCUGCAGUGUCACGGAACAAUGGAUCCACUCGUGUCCUACAAGUGGGGUGAGAAGACCAAGCAGCUGAUCACAUCGUUCAACCCAAAUCUUACUUUUAAAAGUUUCCCAAUGGGACACACCACCUGUGAGCAGGAAAUGGAAUGUGUGAAAGAAUUUUUAUCCAAAUUUUGACCAACUGGAAAAAGUAGAUUUUAACAAGAGUUGCACCUGAAGAAUGCAAUUAAGUGUUGUACUGUCAGUGACUGUUACAUUGGACUAUGCACAACAAUGGCAGACACUGGCUUUUUAUGUUCACUUGCUCCAUGCAGGUGGACAACAUCUUUUAGUUACGUCACAUGCUUUAUGAUAUAGAGAUACAGGGAGAGAAUAUAUCUUAAACAAAAUGAAUGUGUGUUAGUCAUGAACAGUGUUUUCUUAGAAGAAACAUCCAUGAGGAAUUUGUUAAUAUGACGUGUUUAUCAUUGCUCGGUAUGGCGAAGAGUUGGAACUAGUGGUGUUGUACUCUUGAACACAAAAACAAUGACGGGACAAACGAUCUUAUGUUGACACCUGUACUGUAUUGUACACAUUGUUUAAGUGCACUUUAUAAAAACAUUGGUCAAUAUGUAUAUAAAUCGAAAUUACAAAACCGUAUUCUGUGAUCAAAAUCAUAUCUCUGCACAAGGCAGUCAAAAGAAUGUCUUGGGCAAAGUUGUGAUUACUUCCAUGAUACACUAUCAGGUGCUAGUCCUUAGGAGGACUGCCACUCCCUAGCAAAUCCAUAACAUGUUUAUUCCCUCCUACACUGCCUGUAGGACUGCCACUCCCCUAGCAAAUCCAUAACGUUUCAUCCCUCCUACACUGCCUGUAGGACCGCCACUCCCCUAGCAGAUCCAUAACAUGUUUCAUCCUUCCUACACUGCCUGUAGGACCGCCACUCCUCUAGCAGAUCCAUAACAUGUUUCAUCCUUCCUACACUGCCUGUAGGACCGCCACUCUAGCAGAUCCAUAACAUGUUUCAUCCCUCCUACACUGCCUGUAGGACUGUCACUCUCAAGACUAGUUUAGAAACCCCAAACUAGCACAGGCUAGACCUCAAUGGAACACAUACAGCUGUGAGUGUGAUGGCAUGCACUACUGUCCCAUAGUUCAGUCUAAUAUCAUCUAUGUACUAAGUUUGAAAUCAUGUUUUCUGCUUCAAUCAACCAGUAGAAAGGUGCCAGAACGCUCUGCUAGGAAACAUGUUUUCUCGUUCUAUCAGCCAGUAGAAAGGUGCCAGAAUGCUCUGCUAGGAAACAUGUUUUCUCGUUCUAUCAGCCAGUAGAAAGGUGCCAGAACGCUCUGCUAGGAUACAUGUUUUCUCGUUCUAUCAGCCAGUAGAAAGGUGCCAGAACGCUGUGCUAGGAAACAUGUUUUCUCGUUCUAUCAGCCAGUAGAAAGGUGCCAGAACGCUGUGCUAGGAAACCAUCUGGCACACAUCCCUAGAUGGUAAUGCACCUUUUUCAUUGGUUAAUUGGUCUUAUUAUUUACGACGUUGCUACCUGUUGAUUAUGUCAUUCUGUAAGCAAGGUAGUACAUGUAUGUGAUGUCACGUAAUAUGUAACGCUGCAUACAUUCUGUAAGCAAGGUAGUAUGUGAUGUCACGUAAUAUGUAACACUGCAUACAUUCUGUAAGCAAGGUAGUAUGUGAUGUCACGUAAUAUGUAACACUGCAUACAUUCUGUAAGCAAGGUAGUACAUGUAUGUGAUGUCACGUAAUAUGUAACACUGCAUACAUUCUGUAAGCAAGGUAGUAUGUGAUGUCACGUAAUAUGUAACACUGCAUACAUUCUGUAAGCAAGGUAGUACAUGUAUGUGAUGUCACAUAAUAUGUAACACUGCAUACAUUCUGUAAGCAAGGUAGUAUGUGAUGUCACGUAAUAUGUAACACUGCAUACAUUCUGUAAGCAAGGUAGUAUGUGAUGUCACGUAAUAUGUAACACUGCAUACAUUCUGUAAGCAAGGUAGUAUGUGAUGUCACGUAAUAUGUAACACUGCAUACAUUCUGUAAGCAAGGUAGUACAUGUAUGUGAUGUCACGUAAUAUGUAACACUGCAUACAUUCUGUAAGCAAGGUAGUAUGUGAUGUCACGUAAUAUGUAACACUGCAUACAUUCUGUAACACUGCAUACAUUCCUUCUCGUAACAUAAUACAUACAUGAGCUGAACAAAAGACUGACCACAAAAAUUAUGCUAAUAUAAGACUAACCACAAUAAUUAUGCUCAUAUAAUCAGACUGACAUCACAAUAAUUAUGAUGUAUUCUAAGACUGACAUCACAAUAAUUAUGAUAUAUUAUGACUGAUCACAAUAAUGAUUGAUUACUUUUUUAGACUCGUGUCAGAAAAACUGUCGACUUGAACCAAAAACUAAUGUUCUAAAUUUGUUUAAUUGU